AUGUCUACAGCUUCGUUACUAGUUCUAUGCAUCCAAGCUUUCUUGGUCCAGAAUACUCUGAGCACUCUAAUCGGUCCAGCUGUCUACGGCAACGGUUUCGGCCUUGGAAACUGCGCGGGCGCUGGCCUCACAGCCGCCGCUGCAGAAAUGGCUGGCUGGUAUGGCUACAGCUCCCCAGCUCAAUACGGUCUGCCUUUGGAACGUGAAAUAGUAGCUGAAUACGCUUAUCCACCAUUCUCUCCGUGGGCAAGAGAGAUUGUCAGUCCAUACCCUGGUCCGAUAAUAGAAGCUCCUCUGGCGGGUCCUUUCGCUGCCCCAUAUGCAUAUGGUCCUUAUGAAGCUUUCGGAGCUUAUGGCGGUGAAGGCAUCGGUGAGGUGACUGUGCUCGGAGAGAUGCCAGUAGCCGGUACCACCCUGGUCAACGGUCAAGUGCCAAUCCUCGGUGCCGUGCGCUUCGCGGGAGACCUGCCAGCUGGUGGCGUGGUCACCAUCGCUGGUAGCUGCGGCUGCGGCUGCGCUUAUUGA